AAUCUUGCCUUAACCUAAAAAUUUCAAUCGUAAACAGUAAUUUGAUCAACACAAUGCAUUAUGAAAAGUAAAUAAUGACUGAAGAAAAAUUAGUAACCGAAGUCCCUAGUAGCCUCAAACAGCUAGCAAGAUUAGUGGUAAGAGGUUUUUAUUCAAUAGAAGAUGCUUUAAUCAUCGAUAUGUUAGUAAGAAAUCCUUGCAUGAAAGAAGAUGAUAUAUGCGAACUUUUAAAAUUUGAAAGAAAGAUGUUGAGAGCUCGAAUAGCCACAUUAAAAAAUGAUAAAUUCAUUCAAGUUAGGUUAAGAAUGGAAACGGGAUUAGAUGGAAAAGCUCAAAAAGUUAAUUAUUAUUUUAUUAACUACAAAACAUUUGUGAACGUUGUUAAAUAUAAAUUAGAUUUAAUGAGAAAAAGAUUAGAGACUGAGGAAAGGGAUGCAACUAGUAGGGCUAGUUUUAAAUGUCCAAAAUGUCUUAAAACAUUCACAGAUUUAGAAGCAGAUCAGUUAUUUGAUUUCACGACGGGCGAAUUUCAUUGUACUUAUUGUAGAGAAGUUGUUGAAGAAGAUUCUUCCGCGUUACCGAAAAAAGACUCCAGGCUACUAUUAGCUAAAUUUAACGAACAACUCGAACCACUUUAUAUUUUAUUACGUGAAGUAGAAGGCAUCAAAUUAGCACCCGAAAUACUAGAACCAGAACCUGUGGAUAUCAGCACCAUUCGAGGAUUAGAUAAAAAAUCGAACGCUCCUUUACCCGGACAAGAAUGGUCUGGAGAAGCGACGAGACGAGGAGGAUUCGCAGUGGAGGAAACUAGAGUGGAUAUUACCAUUGGAGAGGAAAGUAAUUCUAAUGUUAACAGAAAGGAACAACCUAUUUGGAUGACAGAAUCCACUGUUAUUUCAAAUAUGGAUUCACAGGAGUCCAGUAACACCGAAGGAAUUAACGAUAUCGCCGAUGCGGCUACUACAAACAAUAAAAACGACGAUAUCAUGUCGGUUCUUUUAGCACAUGAAAAACGACACACUAAUACAACGACGAAUGCUAUUAAGGGUAUUAAUAAUGAUUCUGAAUCCAGUUCUGACGAAAUGAAUGAUGUUAAUGAUCAGUUACAAGAUGUAGAAACGAUGGAUUCGGAAGAUGAGGACACCGACGAUGUUCCUAGCGUUACAGUGGGCAGUAAAAGAUACUCUAUCACAGAUAUUAAUGAUACUAUCAUUGCCGAGAUGACUCAAGCGGAAAAAGAGAUUUAUGUGCAGGUUUUCCAAGACUAUUAUUCACAUAUGAAUAUUUAGGAAGUUUUUUUGUGUAUCGAUAUCGGUAAUUUUAUUAUACAGGGUGUACAGAAACUUUCUAAUGCAAAAAAUAGAUGUAUUAAUGAUACAUCAAUUAUUUACACUUUUUGGUCCUUUUGUCCUUCCAUAAGUGAUUUAUUUGCUGGAAAUUAGUGUUGGUGUGGUAAACAGUGAUUUUUUUCAACCUAAUCCACUUUUUUCGGUAAUUUGAAUAUUUAUAGUUGUCACCAUUUUGUUUAUAAUCAAAAAAUCAUCCAACUUCAAUGAAUUUUUUUCUAAUUUGUGUUUUAACACUGGUUUUAUAAUCAAAAAUACGGAAAAUAUGUCACUUAUACGUUUAUUGAUAAUUUUGUUAUACAGGGUGUGCACAAAAUUUCGAGUGCAUAUACUAGAUAUAAUAUUAAAGACUACAUCAAUUAUUUACACUUUUUAGUCAUUUUGUCCUUCCAUAGGUGAAUUAUAUUGCAGGAAAUUAGUGUUGGUGUGGUAAACAGCAAUUUUUUUAACCUAACUUACGUGUAUCUUGAAAUUUUUUCGAUAAUUUUAUACUGGUCAUCUUGUUUUUAUUUUGGUUCUAACCAAAAAACUCUGUAAAUAGCGUCAUCUUCAAAGAACUAUAGUUGUCUUUUACAGUAUCUUUCAGAUAAAAAUAUAAAAAAAAUUGAAUCUAGUAAUUUAUUGUUUACGUUUGGUAUUCUUGGACAACCUGUAUACACACAAUUCAUUUGUAGUUUCCAGUAUUUCUUCUUACUGGUAUCAGUGCCUUCAUAAUUUCAAAUACUUUCUACAAUUUUUCAAUUCUUCCUUUUAUUUGGUAUCAUAUUAAAGUUCUUUUAUUUUGGAAUAAAAAAAUAGGCUGUGACUAUUUGCACGUAUGCUGUUCUACAUAACCUAAUUUUUCAAUAAUUACCACGGAUUUUUCUAUUACUCCAUUCGUGUCCCGUAUUUUCACGGGAACGUGCGAAUAGCCACGACCUAAAAGCUAUUCAUAAGUAUCAACUCAUGAAUCGUACAUGUUUUUUUCCUAUUAUUAGUUAGUUAAUAGUUUUUGCAAAUUAAAUUUUGUGAUAAUUUCUUAAGUUAAUAAAUAUUAAUUUGUGUACGUUUUUUAUUUAAAUUAAAUACGAAGGUUAUUUAUAAAAUAGCAAAAAUCUUAACCUGCACUUAGUUAGGCAAUUAGCUAGGUAAAGACAUUAAACAGCCAGGUAACGAAAUAUCAAUCAGCUGGAAAGUAACGCAACGUUGCCACUUUUAUGAUAUCAAAUUAUCAUAAGUCGUACGAGCUUUUUUAUUUAAUUCAUAAAUAGGAUUUGUUUAUUGUAUUUGUAUUAUAUUUAUUCAUUGUAGUCUUUAUUAAGCUAAAUUCAUUAUGCAAACCUUAUUAAAAGAAUUUUACA